AUGAAAGAACUAAGAACAAUUAUUCUUAAUAAUACUGAUGUGGAUUCAGGUCUCGACUACUUAUCAGAUAAUUGUCGAGAACUCUACUGCGAGCCAGACACCACAAAGAAAUCAGCCAAAAUUGCUAAAAAAAGCCAAAAAUGGGAGGAAUUUACGAAAGAUGCGGUUGAGUUGUUGGAUAAUUACCAUGAGUUGAAAGGAAUACUCGAAUCACUCCGAGGUUACAAGAUAGGAAAAGAAAAAUUAGAUGAAGCACUGAAAGAUUUAGAUAACAGGUCUAAAGAAUUUUCAACAAAAUACGAUGAAGACAGUAAUGGAACAAUUAGCAUUUUUGAGUUGCAAACAAAUAAAAAUGAACUUGCUCAAGAUUUAGACAAGGAAAAAAUUGAAGAAGGGAGCAGUCAACUAGGAGGAAUUUUCCAAGCAAUAAAAGAAUUGGAAAAAGAAAUAAAUAAGUACCGACGAAGCUUUUACUAUGGAACAGUUGAGGAAGAAGAAAAGAAUGAAAUUCGGCAAGAAGCAACCAGAGUUGAAAUUCCAUCAGAACUUAUUCAGGAUGAUAGCCACAUUCGCCUUUUAGAUAGCCUAGAAGAUGAAAAUAUAGAAUUAGAAACUAGAAUUGAAGCAUUGCCUAAAAAGUAA